ACAAAUGACGACAAACAGGGAAGAUAUGACGAGUCCUGAGAGUUUAAGGUUUCGACAAACCUCUGUCGAAAUCCUGAAUGACUUUUUCAUCAAUCUCAACGAGAGAAACAAAGAUAACCUCCGCAGUUUGUCCACCUGUAGCGGAGCCUUCAAAGAUAAAAGACUAUUUGAAUACAUUCUGCUGAUGUGUGAGGAGCUCCGACUGGACUUGCCCGUCGCUUAUCACGCCGUCGUAUUACUUCGAAGGUUCAUGGUCAAACACGUCACACAUUUGCUGACACGCGGAGGUGCGAGAGAGGCCGAAGCGAGUGCCCGCGAGGAUGCCGCGUUCAAGAAAAUCCGGGAUAACUUCGCCUUGAUGGUGUUGUCCUGCGUGCAGCUGGCCAGCAAGUUGUCACUGCAAAGCCAGAUCGUUGAAAUCAACAAGGCUGUACGUUUUCUGCGCUCAGUGGGCCUCAACUUUUCCAAAGAGGAUGUUCUGAAAUCGGAGCUGAUGGUCCUGAACGGUCUGCAAUUCCAACUGGACCCUCCCAACCCUCUCACCUACGUGGAAGUACUUCUGGAGGUGCUCGGCCACAACGAAUCAAGCGCCCCUGUGGAGCGCCUGCACCACAUCUGCUGCCACGUGCUCCAGUUCGUCAGCUUGCAGCACGACGCGCUUUACGACGCUCUGCUGGCCGUCACCACGCAGAGCCCCCAUCCUACCGCCGAGCAGAGAGAGAAGUUUAUGCCGGUGACAGAAGACUGCAUGCUCCUGGGCGUGGGCGUCAUCGCCGCCGGCGCCUUCAUCCUCCACGUCGGAGACUGGCAGCAGGUUGUGCAAGAACUGAGCCACAUCACGGGAAUCUCCACCACCAGCAUCUGCAGCUUUGCCCAAGUCACGCUCGCGCUCCUUAUGGGAACCCCAAGUGAUGUUUAAUGCUCUCUUCUGCUCACGUCAUUGACGAGAAUAAAUCGCUCACAUCAGAAGCGACAACAGUAUUUGGUUUGUUACUUUUGCUUCAUUGGUAAGUAUUUGAAAUCCAUUCGGCACAACAGUGGGCUCCCUAGACGGACGUUAAGAGCAGUGUCCCAAUACUUUUGCCUGUACAACGCAUCAAAACCGUUUCUUAGAGAAGGGAACAUCCUCUUAAAUAAACGUUCCGCACUCUCCCUAGUGACUCGAAGGCCCCCAGGUGGUCUUUCCACUGUGGCGAAUCAUUGAAGUGGCAGCCCACUCUCACUGCCGGUCACGCUGGAGGUUAGUCUGGAGACAACACGGCGAGCCUUGAGCUCCGUUCGUUCCGCUGUGGCGCCUGACUCGGCGGCCGCAGGUGGCGCGGAGCGUGAAUCAAGUCAACUCUUUCGCUCUACCUCCACCAUUUGACUACAUUAUCGCUGUGCAAUAAAAACACACUUUUGUGAGAAGUUGACAGCCCGAAUAUGAUUGGAUUGAUAGCUGCCGCGCAUUUUUGUCCACAUGACAUCGUCUGCAUGGCGAUAAAAGCCCUCGCCUGACAUGAACGUUUGACUCCGGCGAACAUUUAGCAUUUUAUUACAGACGCAGACAUCCACAGGGAGUCACCUUUUGACAAGGACUUGAAAAGCGAGCGAGCAAUCUCGCCCCUAGCGACUGUUGCUAUGCGUGCUGUUGCUCCACGUUUAAAUAGGUUACAGUUCCUGUACAUCUACGCUAUGUGCUUUUUUUUUUUUAUGUGGCCUUAAACACCCUCAUAUAUUAAGUUCUGUCUUAUUUAUUUACAUUAUUCACAACAGAAAAGACAAGUCGUGGUAACCACGGCCACCUGUGACCACCUCCAUCGUGAGCAACGCGGUUUCCAGGGGCCUCCGUCGGGUAUUUCUCAUUAGGGAGAGAAAACCUUUUCAAUAUGUCCCAUAUGGAGUUUUGACAAACACGGUGUUAAGGCUUCAGACUAAAGGUUAUAUUUAGCCACAUUGCUUACAAGUUGACCUGGUCGAUGGAUGUUGUAUACUCGCAAACACACCGUGUCCCAAAAGCCACCACUUCUUUUUUUUUCAGUUUCUUUUCAGGUCUCCAUGUAAGGCCAUCAGAAUUUGACGGCUUAGGCUUUGCAGAUUUUGAAAGCAGAGCAUUCCCUUCCCCGUGGCUCCGCGUUUAACACGCCAGUUUGAGAAGCUUUAUGACCGUCACAUUGCUU